AUGGACCACAAAACAGACGACGCAGCAGGACAGACCAGCAAGGAAGAUGCUGGCAAUGCAACCGUGACAGAAUGCGACCAAAGGGAAAAAUGCACCUCCGCACCGGAAGAGAGCACAUCCUAUAGGUCUCUCUACAAACACAAUUACAAAGCUCACGCAUACGUGGAUAAUUCUGUUUGCCUUCGAUUGAAAGGUCGUGGAGGGGAGGUGCAAGUUGAUGCGGAUACUGAAGAACCGCAGCGUUGUGUAGACCCAUCCAAGGGGGAUUUCCCAAUGGGUGCCUGCACACAUGAUAACACACAUGAUGAUACACCCGAUGAUACACCUGAUGACAGACCUGUUGGAGAACCAAGUGGGAAAAGUUCCAAUCUUGAAGACGUCGCUGCCACAGGGAGGAACAACCCAGGUGGGGUUGCAGUCGAUAGGAGUGACGAAGCGAUAUACACCCAACCGGGGGCCCAACAUAGUAACAACCAUAAUGAGGAGAAGAGGGAGAACUCAGACCUCUGCCCUCACUCCAACGAUAAUUACACCCUUCACGGAAGUCACAUAAGUGACCACCACCUGGAGGAGGAGAACAAUAAGAAGAAGCCACAGGAGAGUGAUCACCCCAGUGAAGAGAUGCCAAGCUGGGAAGCACACAAAAUGCAGGAAAAGGAUCAGUCGACGGAAAAACAGAAAAAAAUAAAAAUCAUCGAAAUGUUUAAAAUGAAGUUGGAAAACAAGGAGAUGAGCAGGAGUCGCCACGGGAAUCGCCACGAUCAUCAUGAUGCUCAUCGUGAUGGUUCCUCCGGUUAUGACGAAAAUGGUGACCGUGACGACCAUUCGGGUGGAGCUUCCCCCAGUGCGUCCAACCGCCACGCACAAAUACGGGAAAGCAUCUCACGGAUUUUUAGCGAAUCGCCUUCCUCCAAGCCGAAGAUAAUAAACGAGCUUAAGCGUAGUGACAGUCAUGUGGGGGAAGAAGACGAGGGGGGAGGUAGCCACCACGGCAGCAGUAACAACGACAAGGGUAGCCCCCUCUGCAGUAGUAGCAAUGACCAGGGUAGCCCCCACUGCAGCAGUAGUAACGACAGGGAUAAGGCAGACAGUAAGGCGAACGAAACGAAGAACGCAUUAAAGGAAGGAAGUCUGUUGAGGCUGUUCAGGUGCGAAUACUUCGACACCCAUCUGCACAUUAGAUACCUCUACGAUAGGAGGGAAGUGGGAGUUCACGAAUACCUAGUGAAUUCCCUUUACACGCAAAGGAAGUAUGAGGACAUAUUAUUUUACCUACCACAGUUGAGUCAGAUUUCUCUCGUCCGUUAUGAGUCCUCUUCCCUUUACCGCUUCCUCCUUUAUAAAGCAAGUAAAUCAAUGCAUUUUGCAUUGAAGCUCAGUUGGAUUUACCACUCCAUAGUGGAAGACAACUGUUCCAAGUACAAGGACUUGGCACAUAAGAUGACCCAAGAAAUAGAGAUGGCUGUUGUAAAUUGCAAACCAUUAAAUGGUAAGCGCACCUCGGGGAACGAGAACAAACAGUCCUACCUGCUUAACCUCGCUCAUCCUCUUCUCUUCAAAAGGAAGCACAUCAUCAGAAGGAUCAAGGCCAAUGAACGGUUCCAGCAGACCAAGCUGUUUAGGAAUUGCCUUAACAGGUCCUGCAACUCGUACCUGCUGAAGGGGGUCGAAGGGAUGGUGCAAAGUGAAGUCGACGUGGUGGGGCAAAGUGAAGUCGACGUGGUGGGGCAAAGUGAAGUCGAAGCGACCGGGCACAACACCACGUCAGGUGUCCCCCCAAGUGCUGCCCCAAUGGCCCCCCCAAUGGCCUGUCCGAAGAAGCGCCGCAAAAGGGACGCAACGAGUACCGCACCUCCCCCCAAGUUGCCCCAAUGUUACAUAAUAAAUUCAGGAGCCCUCUCCAUCGCCAGGGCGAAGGUGAAGUUACCUAGUACCUAUGCCAAGUUAGGCAACCCCCUCAGUGCAUCCAAAUUCUUCCUGCCAGAAUUUAAUUGCAGUUCCGAUAUGAUAGAAGACCUGCAGCAAUUUUUUAUGAAGCAAAGGAGAUGUGAUUAUUUUAGUCUCCUUAAUAAUUUCGUUAACCUAACUAUAUCCGUUUCGAAUCUUCUCUCCACAGAACCGGACAUAGAGGUACGGAAUGAGCUACUCAACCGGUUCAUAUAUUCAUUAAACAGUUGGAUGCUCAUGCGUAGAUGCAUCGUUGCUGCGUGUACGAAUGUGUUUUCCAUGACGGGACUGUGCAUUCCGUUGGAGUGUCUUUCCUCCCCACCACAGUCAAAUCAUAAAACGGAACAUACAACCAACAGCAGUGGGUUGCAGAUCCUACACUUCAAUUACGAUGAGUGCAAAAUAUUUUUCUCCAAGAAGAGGGCACCCUACCUGCUCAUGUUUGAGGUGGCCGACUUGGACGAGGACAUCAGCCACAUUCCCGAUGACCUGUUUUACCCCACCAAGGGGGGGAACCAGCCGAACAAGGAGACACCCCACGACGGGGUCAAUGGGGCAAUCGAUGCAACAGCAGAUGAUGCAAUGCGUGAUAUCCCUUACGGGGUGACCGAUACCGUGAAUGAUGACGUGCCCCCAGACGAACCGACGCGACAUCCGCAACCACGCAGGAAGGGCCACCGGAUCGAAAAAAACUUCUGUUCGUCCAAAAAUUACGGGCUCUUCAAUGAAAACAGCAGCUCCUACGAUUAUGAACCGCGAGGGGGUAUAUAUGAUGGGAAGAGGAAGAAGAAAAAGAAAAAAAAAAAAAAAAAAAAAAGCGAAAGUGGGGAAGAGGACGACGAGGGGAAGGGGCAGCAGACUGGCCAAAGCGAUUCAGAAGUAGAACAAGCUGAUCGGUGGAAAGUUGAUAUGGGAAAGGAAAAGGUGAGGAAGAAAAAAACGCCUGCCGAUCUGGAUGCCCUAAAAAUGGAGCACCUAUAUGUGUAUAACUGCAUAGUGAACGACCUGCGGAAGGAGAAUUUAAUUUCCUUCCCUUCGGAGGAGGAGGACAGCCUCUCGAUCAUUAGGAAGUGCAUUGGGAUGAAGGCAGAUGAGGAGGAUGAAGAACAUAACGACGAUGGGGGGGACACCGAAGGGGGAGACACAAACUCGGCAGGUGGACACGUAGAAGAGGCAGACCCAGAACCAAACAACCUCGAGGAAGGUGGCCCUCAUUGGAGUGUCACCCCCACGGAGGAAGGCAUCCAGGAGGUAGGAAAAAGCUUCCUGGUAACGCCCCGUUCGGCCUCCAUGCCGAAUUACUUAAGUAGCUCCAUGGAAAAGUGCAACAUCAGCUCGAACGAUAACCAAAGCAAUGAAGUUAAAACGUCGCUGGAGAGCAUCAGUAGUGCAUUGGGUGAAUUACCAUCAGGGGGGUUGUACGAAAGUAAAGUGGACGCCCAAUAUGGAGGAUGUAACUCCACCACGGGGAAGGAUCCCGGUGAUGAACAUAUUUCAGCCCAACCGAGUGAACCCCUCACAACCACCCACACGCUCAGCAGCUUCUACCCAGCAGCAGAAAAAACAACCGACGUGUUGGAUAUCGAUGAAUAUUUCAAACCAGAAAAUUACACAAAUGAGGAAUUUAAAAAAAAAAACUGUAGAAUUAUAAAAAGGCUUUUAUGGGGAGAGUUAUUUGAAGAAAAAAAAAAAAAAAUCAGAAAAACUUCCCCCUAUGGUAAAUUGAAGACAUGGGAUCUGAAAUGCGUCAUUGUUAAGGGUGGGGAUGACUUGAGACAGGAACUAUUGGCAUCCCAACUGAUAAGGCAAUUCAAAAUUAUUUUUGAGAACGCAGGUCUACCCCUGUGGUUGCGUCCCUAUGAAAUUCUAGUCACCGGUGCGAACUCCGGAAUUAUUGAAUACGUGAAUGACACCUGCUCGGUGGACUCCCUGAAAAGGAAGUUUGGCGUUGACAGUAUUUCGACCAUUUUCAACGUCGUCUUCGCAGACUACAUCUUCGAGGCCAAGAAGGUCAGCACAGUUGACCCAAUCAGCGGCGUGAACUUCAUCGAGAGCCACGCCGCCUACUCACUUAUUUCUUACCUCCUCCAAGUGAAGGACAGACAUAACGGAAAUCUGUUGCUCGACUCAGACGGCCACCUCAUCCACAUAGACUACGGGUUCAUGCUCACCAACUCCCCUGGGAAUGUGAACUUCGAGACCUCCCCCUUCAAGCUCACCCAGGAAUACCUGGAUAUUAUGGAUGGAGAGAAGUCCGAAAAUUAUGAAUACUUCAGGCGCCUCAUCGUGAGUGGCUUCCUCGAGGCCCGCAAGCACUCAGAGGAGAUUAUUCUUUUCGUGGAGCUGAUGAUGCCAGCUUUGAAAAUCCCCUGCUUUGCGAACGGCACCCAGUUCUGCAUCGACUCGCUGAAGGAGCGCUUCAUGACCAACCUGGCUGUUGACGUGUGCAUCCAACGAAUCAACGCCCUCAUUGAAUCCUCGAUCAACAAUUUCCGGAGCGUGCAGUAUGACUACUUUCAGAGAAUCACCAACGGCAUAAUGUGA